UGUGGUGAGUGAACAGUGAGCUCCAGGUUACCUAUGAACAGCAGUCUCUCUCCUAUCUUUUCUACUGGAUUUGAGAUGAUAUCGUUGCAUCGCUAGCUAGCAUCCAAAAGGAGUAAUGGAGUGGACCACCAUGUAGACAGUCAGCAGCCAGAGACAGAAGAGAAGCUAGAAGCUGCAGAAUGGGAACAUAACCUCUGGAGCGGCUCCUGCCAUGAAAAGAAGCGCACUAAGAACAGAAGGGAUGUUAUUAUCGUGUGGACGGUCCUCUGCUCCUCUCGCUGGUCUAACUUGCUUCUCUUAGUGUUCUCCUGGAUGGUCGUGUGGUUAUACGGUAUUUUCUCCACGUCGCUCAUUUAUUAAGGGAACUGUCUGUAUCUCAAACCGAGGAUUUAGAUGUUUCGCCCUCUGUCUGUCCGCGGGUGCUGCAGCAUCACAGCUCUUUCUCUCUCUCUCUGACCUAGAGAUCUAUCUUCUGGUUUCUCCGGUAUCAACGGGCACAUUCCAGUGUCAUUCAUCCCUCUCUCUCUCUCUCUCUCUCUCUCUCUCUCUCUCUGUCUCUCUCUGUCUCUCUGUCUCUCUCUCUCUCUCUCUCUCUCUCUCUCUCUCUCUCUCUCUCUCUCUCUCUCUCUCUCUCGCUUUCUCUUUCCCUUUCUUUAUUUUUAAGAAUCUCUCUUUCUCUCAACCUACACGACUCAUUGAGUUUUGUUUCUGCGUCAAGAUACUGAGCAGCUAGUCAAGUCACCAUGGGGGACCUGAGGAACAGUGAUUAUUACGCUAAGAACCAAGGAAACGAUGUCAGCAGUAACCACGAGGGGGGCUUUGGGGUCUCGGUCAUGGAGCUGCGCGACCUCAUGGAGCUGAGAGGCAGCGAGGCGGUGGUUAAGAUCCAGGAGGAGUACGGGGACAUGGACGGGCUCUGUCAAAGGCUCAGAACAUCACCCACAGAAGGCUUAACAGGAGAUGACCUAGAUAAGAGGAAAGAAGUCUAUGGGGAAAACCUUAUACCUCCGGUUAAGCCAAAGACCUUCCUCCAGUUAGUAUGGGAGGCCCUGCAGGACGUGACUCUGAUCAUCUUGGAGGUGGCUGCCCUGAUCUCUCUGGGACUGUCCUUCUAUCAGCCUCCGGGAGGGGACAGCGGAGAGUCCUGUGGGACGGCGGCGGCGGGUGCAGAGGAUGAGGGUGAGGCCGAGGCCGGCUGGAUAGAGGGAGCAGCCAUCUUGCUGUCUGUCGUGUGUGUGGUUCUGGUGACGGCCUUCAACGACUGGAGCAAGGAGAAGCAGUUCAGAGGGCUGCAGAGCCGCAUCGAGCAGGAGCAGAAGUUCCAGGUGGUCCGAGGUGCUCAGGUCAUCCAGCUCCCGGUCGCUGACAUCGUGGUCGGGGACAUCGCACAAAUCAAGUAUGGUGACCUGCUUCCAGCCGACGGAGUAUUGAUACAGGGGAACGAUCUGAAGAUAGACGAGAGUUCACUAACAGGAGAGUCUGAUCACGUCAAGAAAGACGCCGAUAAGGACCCCAUGCUGCUGUCUGGUACCCAUGUGAUGGAGGGUUCCGGCAGGAUGCUGGUAACAGCUGUAGGGGUCAACUCUCAGACCGGCAUCAUCUUUACUCUGCUGGGGGCCGGAGAGCCAGUGGAGGAGGAGAAGAAGAAGGAGAAAGGUAAAAUACAGGAUGGCAAUAUGGAGAACAACCAGACUAAAGUCAAGAAGCAGGACGGAGCGGCCGCCAUGGAGAUGCAGCCUCUGAAGAGCGCCGAGGGAGGAGAGAUGGAGGAGAAGGAGAAGAAGAAGGCAAAUGUCUCCAAGAAGGAGAAGUCUGUCCUCCAGGGGAAACUGACCAAGCUGGCUGUUCAGAUCGGCAAAGCAGGUCUGGUGAUGUCAGCCAUCACAGUGAUCAUCCUGGUGCUGUACUUCGCUGUGGACAACUUUGUCCUGCAGAAGAGGCCGUGGCUGACGGAAUGCACCCCCAUCUACGUCCAGUACUUCGUCAAGUUCUUCAUCAUCGGUGUCACCGUGCUGGUGGUGGCUGUACCCGAGGGGCUGCCCCUGGCCGUCACCAUCUCCCUGGCCUACUCUGUCAAGAAAAUGAUGAAGGAUAAUAACCUGGUUCGCCACCUGGAUGCGUGUGAGACGAUGGGGAACGCCACGGCCAUCUGCUCCGACAAGACUGGCACUCUGACCACCAACCGCAUGACGGCCGUAGCGUGCUACGUUGGAGACGUCCACUAUAAGGAGAUACCGGACCCCGGAGCGCUGACUGCCAAGUCUCUGGACAUACUGGUCAAUGCCAUCUCCCUCAACAGCGCCUACACCACCAAGAUACUGCCUGCCACCAAGGAGGGUGGUCUGCCCAUGCAGGUGGGUAACAAGACAGAGUGUGGCCUGCUUGGCCUGGUGCUGGACCUGAAGAGAGACUACCAACCCAUCCGCAACCAGAUCCCAGAGGAGAAACUCUACAAGGUAUACACCUUCAACUCGGCCAGGAAGUCCAUGUCCACUGUCAUCAAACUAUCAGACGGCAGCUUCAGGAUGUACAGCAAGGGAGCCUCUGAGAUCGUCCUGAAGAAGUGCACUAAGAUCCUGAACCAGGAAGGUGAGCCGCGGGUGUUCCGUCCCCGGGAUAAGGACGAGAUGGUGAAGAAGGUAAUCGAGCCGAUGGCGUGUGACGGGCUGCGGACCAUCUGCGUGGCGUACCGUGACUUCCCUGCCGACCCAGAACCCCUCUGGGACAACGAGAACGACAUCCUCAAUGAGCUGACGGCCGUCUGUGUGGUUGGGAUAGAGGAUCCUGUCAGACCAGAGGUACCAGAUGCCAUUAUAAGGUGCCAGCGUGCGGGAAUCACGGUGCGCAUGGUGACGGGUGACAACAUCAACACGGCCAGGGCCAUCGCCAUCAAGUGUGGCAUCAUCCACCCUGGAGAAGACUUCCUGUGUAUCGACGGAAAGGAGUUCAACAGGAGGAUCCGCAACGAGAAGGGAGAGGUUGAGCAGGAGCGCAUGGACAAGGUGUGGCCUAAACUGCGAGUCCUGGCUAGAUCCUCCCCUACUGAUAAACACACACUGGUUAAAGGCAUCAUAGACAGCUGCUUGACAGACCAGAGACAAGUGGUGGCGGUGACAGGAGAUGGGACUAACGAUGGACCAGCCCUGAAGAAGGCUGACGUGGGCUUUGCCAUGGGUAUAGCCGGUACAGACGUGGCCAAGGAGGCGUCUGACAUCAUAUUAACGGACGAUAACUUCAGCAGCAUAGUGAAGGCUGUGAUGUGGGGGAGGAACGUCUACGACAGCAUCUCCAAGUUCCUCCAGUUCCAGCUGACUGUCAACGUGGUGGCUGUCAUAGUGGCCUUCACUGGGGCCUGCAUCACACAGGAUUCUCCCCUGAAGGCGGUCCAGAUGCUGUGGGUGAACUUGAUAAUGGACACCUUUGCGUCCCUGGCCCUGGCGACGGAGCCCCCCACCGAGGCCCUGCUGAUGAGGAAGCCGUACGGCCGCAACAAACCACUGAUCUCCAGCACCAUGACCAAGAACAUCCUGGGACACGGCAUCUAUCAGCUGGUCAUCAUCUUCUCCCUGCUGUUCAUCGGUGAGCAGAUCUUUGACAUAGACAGCGGUCGUCACGCUCCUCUCCACUCCCCUCCGUCAGAACACUACACCAUCAUUUUCAACACCUUCGUCCUCAUGCAGCUUUUCAAUGAGAUCAACGCCAGGAAGAUCCACGGAGAGAGGAACGUCUUCGACGGAAUCUUCAGGAACCCCAUCUUCUGUUCCAUCGUCUUUGGAACCUUUGCCAUCCAGAUUGUGAUCGUACAGUUUGGAGGGAAGCCGUUCAGUUGUACUCCUCUGGAUUUGGAGAAGUGGGGCUGGUGUACCUUCCUCGGACUGGGAGAGUUAGUCUGGGGACAGGUGAUCGCCACCAUCCCUAACAGCAAGCUACGGUUCCUGCGAGGGGCAGGCCAGCUGACCAAGAAGAACGAGAUGCCUGGGGACGAAGACAUGAAUGAGGACAAUGAGGAGAUUGACCACGCGGAGAGGGAGCUGAGACGUGGACAGGUCCUCUGGUUCAGGGGGCUCAACCGCAUUCAGACUCAGAUCGAUGUGGUGAACACGUUCAAGAGCGGCAGCUCCUAUCAGGGCCAGCUACGGAGACAGUCCUCCACCACCAGUCAGAACCAGGAUGUAACCAAUGUUUCUAGUCCCAGUCACAUUCGGGUCGUAAACGCAUUCCGUAGCUCCCUCUACGAAGGCCUUGAGAAACCAGACUCCAGACCGUCCAUCCACAACUUCAUGACCCAUCCAGAGUUUAGGAUAGAGGACUCCACCCCCCACAUCCCCCUGAUUGAUGAUACUGACUUAGAGGAGGACCCAUCGCUGAGGAACACCCACCAGUCCCAGACAGGCAGCCAGCCCCAGUCCCCCAACAAGAACAACAAUGCCGUCGACAGCGGCAUCAACCUCACCAUCGACACCACCAGUAAAUCAGCUGCAUCCUCCGGCCCAGCCAGCCCACUGCACAGUCUGGAGACCUCCCUCUAGUGGCCAGCCCACUGCACAGUCUGGAGACCUCCCUCUAGUGGCCUGCAGCUGGCUGGUGGAGACCUCCCUCUAGUGGCCUGCAGCUGGCUGGUGGAGACCUCCCUCUAGUGGCCUGCAGCUGGCUAGUGGAGACCUCCCUCUAGUGGCCUGCAGCUGGCUGGUGGAGACCUCCCUCUAGUGGCCUGCAGCUGGCUGGUGGAGACCUCCCUCUAGUGGCCUGCAGCUGGCUGGUGGAGACCUCCCUCUAGCCUGCAGCUGGCUGGUGGAGACCUCCCUCUAGUGGCCUGCAGCUGGCUGGUGGAGACCUCCCUCUAGUGGCCUGCAGCUGGCUGGUGGAGACCUCCCUCUAGUGGCCUGCAGCUGGCUGGUGGAGACCUCCCUCUAGUGGCCUGCAGCUGGCUGGUGGAGACCUCCUCUAGUGGCCUGCAGCUGGCUGGUGGAGACCUCUGCAGCUUUGGAGACCUCCCUCUAGUGGCCUGCAGCUGGCUGGUGGAGACCUCCCUCUAGUGGCCUGCAGCUGGCUGGUGGAGACCUCCCUCUAGUGGCCAGCAGCUGGCUGGUGGAUACCUCUGCAGCUUUGGAGACCUCCCUCUAGUGGCCUGCAGCUGGCUGGUGGAGACCUCCCUCUAGUGGCCUGCAGCUGGCUGGUGGAGACCUCCCUCUAGUGGCCUGCUGGUGGAGACCUCCCUCUAGUGGCCUGCUGGUGGAGACCUCCCUCUAGUGGCCUGCUGGUGGAGACCUCCCUCUAGUGGCCUGCUGGUGGAGACCUCCCUCUAGUGGCCUGCUGGUGGAGACCUCCCUCUAGUGGCCUGCUGGUGGAGACCUCCCUCUAGUGGCCUGCUGGUGGAGACCUCCCUCUAGUGGCCUGCUGGUGGAGACCUCCCUCUAGUGGCCUGCUGGCUGGAGACCUCCCUCUAGUGGCCUGCAGCUGGUGGAGACCUCCCUCUAGUGGCCUGCUGGUGGAGACCUCCCUCUAGUGGCCUGCUGGUGGAGACCUCCCUCUAGUGGCCUGCUGGUGGAGACCUCCCUCUAGUGGCCUGCAGCUGGAGACCUCCCUCUAGUGGCCUGCAGCUGGCUGGUGGAGACCUCCCUCUAGUGGCCUGCUGGUGGAGACCUCCCUCUAGUGGCCAGCUGGUGGAGACCUCCCUCUAGUGGCCAGCUGGUGGAGACCUCUGCAGCUUUGGAGACCUCCCUCUAGUGGCCUGCUGGUGGAGACCUCCCUCUGACAGCUCCCCACUGGAAGCCUUUGUCUUCAGGCCUGGUAGAGAACUUACCUACUGCAGCCUGGUGGCUCCCACACUGCAGAUUGGAGACUUCCGUCUUGCAGUCUCAUGGAGACAUCAUCGGUCUGCAGUUUGGAAACCUUCCUCUAUCUCCUGAUGUCUCCUGCUGUCUCCUGCUGUCUCCUGGUGUCUCCUGGUGUCUCCUGCUGUCUCCUGCUGUCUCCUGCUGUCUCCUGAUGUCUCCUGGUGUCUCCUGCUGUCUCCUGGU